UAUAGCAAAGAGUUCAACUUGCGUCACUGCUGGGAUUUUUAUUAUCCUUCGUUAGGUAUUAUUUACUAAAAGGUCUGACUAAACAAAGACUUAAAAAAUGACAAGCAAAUUUAGUGCAAAAAUUAUUGAAAUGUUUCGAAAUCUUAAAUCCGAUGCGAUACCUCGUCCACCGAGAAAUAGCAAUAGUGGUUUAAGUGAUACAACAGAGACAGAGGCACAUAAUGAAAAUGUCGAUUAUACUAACCAGGAAGAAAUAUUUGUGGAACAAGACGAUCGAAAAAAGAAAAAAAAGAAACCAAAGUAUCAAAAGUCUUUUUCUGAACCAUCUCCUGAAAAUACUGAGUUUGUUGACGAAGACGACAGACGAAGCAGCAAUGCAAGCAGCAAUGUGAAUACUCAAGCGAGUGGCAAUGUCAUUAACAUUGUAAACUCCAGAAAUGUGCGUUGUGGUAAUGAGUUUGUAUACUACAUGGGACCAGUCCAUGGUAACCCUGGCAAGCCAAAGACACCAAAAUCCGAAUCUGAUGAUGAAGAGCCUAUUGAAAAAACUAAAGACAUAAUAUUACUAUUAGAGACCAAACACAAGCCUGAACAUGAGUACAUAGAUUUAAUAUCAAAGAAUCUUGGUAAAAACUGGCACAGUUUCUUCAGAAGACUUGGUUACAAACAAGGGCAGAUAGAAACUGCUGAAAUUGACAUGGCAAAACAUGGAGUUGCUGAAGCAAGAUAUAGGCUUCUAUUGGAUUGGAUAAGGAACGACGAUGAUGGUACUCUAGGCAAAUUGGCAAAUGUUUUGUGGGAAGGAGGAGAACGACUAAUUGUCAAAGAGUUGGCAGCCAUAUACAAGAAAGACAAGUGAUAAAGGAAAGCUGGAUCAUACUAUUAAUUAAUAGUAUAAAGAGAUUAGUUAUCUUUUUGAGAUUUUUUUUCUAUAUAACUAUUUGAGAUAGUACUACAUGUACAUGUGCUGCAUUUAAUAAUUGCAAGAUAUCAAUAUGUUUCGUGAUAAUAAGUUGAAUUCUACAUAAGUCUAUUAUUCUUAAACAGAUAUACCAUCCAUUCCAGAUAAAAUUAAAGCAAAUGCGCUCAAUUAAAUAUUACAUUAAAAUGUUUAUAUUUAAGUUUUUUUGGUGCUUAACUUCGCUAUUGUGAUAACUUUAUAAUUGA